ACGAGGAGGAAGAGACAGAGCAGAGGGAUCCGGUACCUGUCGGGCCCGUGGCUGCCAACAACCUGCCCAUGCGGCCUGACAUGGCCAGACGUCGAUCGAGUGGAAAGGACAAGAACAAGAUGACACCGAUUCGGGAAGUCCCACGGUCAGCUCGACUUGGCGAUGGGCUCGACGGGUCGGGCAAGGGCAAGAGGUCACUCGUACGCGGUCCCAUCUCGAAGACUUGAUAGCCAGACAGGGUAUCGAAGAUUCUCGAGCCGAGACCAAGGGUACGAGGAAGCUUCGAUGGGACGGCAAAGCUUGGUCCCGCGAGACACCUCAGAUGAAAGCCGAACGGGAGCGCAGUUUCGGUCAGGUCCUAGACCUCGUCUUCAACAAGACUGACGGGAGCGUCGAUGUACAGGCCAUGUGCAGAAAUGUGGUGACAGGUAGGAGAGAAUCGAGCAGUACCGGUCGCGGUUCAGGUUCUCCGCCGGGAGAGGUACGAGAGGGUGAGACCGGUCAGAUCUUGCCAGCCGUCACUUUGGCGGAUUGCUCCGUUUCACCUCGCACUCGCGCAUCUGAGUGGCAGCAUGCGAAUACGGUCUCUAUCGGAGGCAUCCAGGAUUCACAUCAAACUCACGUCGACGAAAGCAAGGCGUCCAGUCUCACCACAGCUUCUUCAUCUCUCGGUGGUCCGGAGGUUCGAGUGGUCGGACCCACCCCUGUGCCCAGCCGGGUCGGUUCGUUGGGCGACACCUCGGCUCCCACGCCCCCGAAGACGCCUCUCGGAUCCAUCAUGCAUCCGCCAUUGGCCUUGCCCAGGAUCUACGAGACUACCGGUAGUCUUACAGGAUCGACUCUUGCUGCUGUGGCGUCCCGCUCUGCUGGUCUCGCACCUAUGUCAACCAUCACAUCGCCACCAAACCGAUCGCGAGCGGUUUCUGACCGUUCGGUGAAAUCUCAGGCCUCAUCCGACAAGAGUAACCUCAGUCGCAGCCCAGUUUACUCGCCACAAAUCGAAAAGGAAGAUCCCAUGGCGACCAUGGUCACUGACUCGGUUGGAAAUACUUCGAGCGGAUCUGGCUGUCGAGAUCGUCGAUCUUCGAAAGAAUCUUCAGGAACAUCGGGAGAGCAACGUCUGUCGAGCUCGGCACUACGGCGUUUGACUGAAUCACAAGUAGGACAGACCAGCUCUGGUCAAGCAGUCUCUUCUUCAGCUCGAAAGAAGGGCAAAAAGUCAAUGUUCUUCAUUCACAGCCCCAGCGAUCGUCGUCGACAUGGUAGCGUGUCUGCCGUUAGUGAUGGCGGUAGUACCGAUGCUGGGAGUACGCUUGCUGAAAGCAGCGUUGGAACUACGCGGGUCCCGGCUUCCCCUGGACGACCCAGAUCUAUCGGAAAGCCGGGUACCUCGCCCUUGGCUUGUAAUGUCUCGACUUCAGAUCAGGUGAUGGACACGCUGCCCAUCACAUCUGCCGAAGUCAUGACGUCGAGCCCUCAACCGCUUGCCGGUGUGGUCGAAACGCCCAAAGACAACAAGGUCGCCACGACAAGUUUGGUCAGGCGAAAGUCGAGCGGUGGUUCUAAAGCUCCUCCCAGACGUCUCUCGACUGAGGCCAAGUCGGCGGUGGCGAAGAUGCACCCUGCUCAGGCACAGAUGCAGCGAGUUCUUGCUCCCAAGCGGGUGGCGUCGGCUUCGAACAUGGCGGGUAAAUUCGCUGGAGAGAAAGCCAAGGCUGCGGCCGCCAUCGCCGCUCGCUUGGAAGCGCAGCAGCAGCAGGAAAAGGAGAGGCAACAGGAGGCUCGAAGCAAGAUCUUGGACAUGAAGCGGCAAAAGAGCGAGCCCGAUUUCUUGGGUGCGCAAGCGCGAGCUGCUCAGCUCAGUCAGGACAACGAGGAGGAAGACGAGUCUUUCGAAACCGUCGACGAUGAAGAGGACGAUGACGAUUCCGACGACAAUGAUGCGGGAUGGAGUAGCGCAAGCGACAGUCCUCAAAAGGAUGGCAAGAAGGAGAAGCGUCCGAAUGAUACCUUCGCGACUGGUGUCAAGGGCAAGGCCGUGGCGAACAAGGUCGUUGCCGGUGCGCUGUCUCAGCAAGUCAAGGCAGCAGAGGAGGCUCAAAGGAAGCGGGAACUUUUCGCAAAGCGAGCAAUCUUUGGCAACAGCGGCCAGAGCAGUCUUUCCUUGUCCAGGCCAGAACCUGCCAAAUCGGAGACGAUUUCAUCGCGACCCGGUUUGUUAAGCAAUCUUUUCGAGACACAACGAGACGUCCUGCAGCGGGGGGAAAGCAUGGCAGAUCUGACCGCGCCACAGAGACAUCAGCCAUCCGUGACUUCUGCUGCACCUGGGCUUGGAGCAAUACACCGGAGCAAGAGCGCCGCUGCAAUCCCUGCCAUGACCGGGAUCAGCAUCGGUCGCGGCGGAUUGAUGGAUCAACUGGCCGUUAUCGAGGCUGCCGAAGCUACCAAACAGCAACCUGAUCAGGGGAGAAGCAAGUUCCGACUUCCUCCCAAGCCAGUGAAUGCAGCCGAUCUAUCUCCCUCAUCAUCGCCCGAAGAAGACUCGAAUGUCUUGCAACCCAGUUCAGUUGCAUUGCGACGACUCGAAGCGAUCUCGGGUCGCAGACAACAGUCCGAACGAAGCAAGAGCGGGAGUGAAAGCCAACAGGGCAACGGCAACCCUGCGCUGCAGCGUCUCACAUCUGGGCUGGCCACGCCUACAGUUUCUUCGGAUACCGCAGGCCAAAGCCAACCCGUGCCCGCAGCAAGUACCCAAACUCCGCAGCUCGACCUCGCGCUUCCACAAACACCUACAACUAGACGUCGUCAGAUGUUGGCCACUGAGCUGCCUGAAGACCUCCGACUGAGUACGUCUGGUCUUCCUGGUUGCAGCCGGAGACUCGAGCUCACUGCGUUUUCGCUUACAGAUCUAAUUUGGGAGCGAAAAUCGAGAGCUCCCAUGUAUCCGAUGAGGAAGAGCUCGGGGCUUAGGCCGACGGCAUCUGCUCAAGAUCUUCCAGAGGCCGCACGCCAAGCCGAACACGAUGAAUCACCUGCACUUUCGCGCCAGCAUACCGAACCAGCGGGUCAUGUCGUCGACAAUGGCCACCCGGACCCGUCGCUUCCAAAACGUCGCACUUCUCACAAUCUACUGGGAGGAGGUAGCGGCUUGCGCCCACUCACUUCGGGAACCUCUACCCGAGCUCAGCAACCACAAGGAGACAGACCGCCGGGCGAUCGCGGGACCAACACAACUCACCCACCGUCCAACCUGGCCAACAAUCGAAGCAAAUCGACCGCCGACAUGAGUCACUGGCAUCGAUCCCGAAUGACUGGCCACGCUUCUGCUGACUACUCCAACGGUAUGACUGAGGGAGAGCAAGAGAUACACAACGACUGGGUGCGAGCACGCCAUCUACGCCAACGUGAAGGUGAACUCAGCUCGUCAUUCCGAUCACACGGGUGGUAGAAGCCGCCGACAGUGACGAUGGCGCAUGUCGACUCUCAAACAUGGACAUUAGUUGUAAUAACGUUGUAUAUUGUUAUGCCGGCAAUUGAAAGAAACGCGACGCAUGUAUCCUGAAUACCUUUGUGACAUA